AUGGUCACAAAGCCUUCUUCCAGCUCUCUGGCAGAUAGACAGCUCACCUUCCAAAACGCCACUAUCGAAGAUAUCCCAACCAUCAAAGCCAUGGUCGACGCUGCGUAUUCGAAAUACAUUGAGCGCAUUGGCAAGCGCCCAGCGCCCAUGACAGCAGACUGGGCCGAAAUGAUGAAACACUAUACCAUUCUCGUCCUGAGAGAUAGCGAACGGGCGGUCGGCUCGAUCGCCUACCACCGAGAGGAUCGCACCAACUCGCUUAAAAUCGAGAACGCGGUGGUGGAUCCGACCAUCCAGGGUCGGGGGUAUGGAUCCUACAUGAUCAGUUAUGUGGAGAAGGAAGCGCUCAAGCAGGAUCUGCACAGCGUUACAUUGUACACGAAUGUGAAGAUGGUUGAGAACAUUGGGUACUAUGGGCGAUUAGGGUUUGAGAACGAGGGGACGCUGAUCGAGGAGGGGUUCGAACGGGUUUAUUUUCGUAAGAGGCUUGAAUAG